AUGGCUUCUGCAAUUGAAACAAGACCAAUAUCAUCAUCAUCAAAUCUUUCAAGCGUCAAAAUACUCGCUGAAUCACCAGGCCUGAUUUCUAUCCCUUCUAAAUAUGCCCAUCAAAGCACCAACACCCACUUUACCACUGCCUCGGUCCAAGAAGAUUUCCCCCAAGCUUCAAUACCAAUCAUUGAUUUUUCAUUCCUUAGCUCCACUGAUUCUGAACAGCGUUUAAAAGCAAUCCAGGAACUUGGUAAAGCUUGCCAAGACUGGGGCUUUUUCAUGGUGGUGAAUCAUGGGAUCCCGGAGAGGUUGAUUAAGGCAGUAAUUGAGGUAGUGGAUGAGUUCUUUAACUUGCCGGAGGAGGAGAAGAUGGAAUAUGAAACGAAGCAUGUAUUGGAUCCAAUCAGAUAUGGAACCAGCUUUAAUGCUUCUAAAGAGCAGACCUUUUUCUGGAGGGAUUACCUCAAGGUCUUGGUUCAUCCUCAUUUCCACUCUCCAAAUAACCCCAAACAUUUCAGUGAGCUUAUGAUGGAAUACUGUCAAAGAACCCGAGAUUUAGCAAGCAAAUUAGUGGGAGGAAUAUCACAAAGCCUAGGUUUAGAAGAAGACUAUAUUCACAAAAAUCUGGAGUUGGAGUCAAGCCAACAAAUCUUCAUUGCAAACUACUACCCGCCAUGCCCACAGCCCGAACUAGCAAUGGGGAUGCCUCCUCAUUCCGAUCAUGGGCUUCUUACCGUUCUCCUUCAAAAUGGAGUCGGUGGGCUUCAAAUACGACAUGGAGGAAAGUGGGUUAAUGUUAAUGCUCUUCCAAACUCCUUUUUGGUAAACACCGGUGAUCACCUUGAGAUAUUCAGCAAUGGAAGGUACAAAAGUGUGUUGCACAGAGCAGUGGUGAACAACAAAGCGAAAAGAAUCUCCAUCGCCGUAGCUAAUGGCCCAGCCAUGGACACAAAUGUUGGACCCUGUCCAAGGCUUCUGGUAAGGCAGAAGAACGAGGAAGGUGAUCAUCAGGAAGGUACUGAGAUUGAAGCCAAAUACAAUGCGAUGAAGUAUAGAGAAUACGUGGAGUUACAACAGGGUAACCAACUUGAUGUUUGGAGUUCACUCAUCUUCAAAAACAAUGCUGUACUGCUUCAGAAAGAGGCCGAUAUUCAAAUUCCAGAAAUGGAGUCUAAUAACGUUCGAAGCAAUCAAUUACAACAAGAUGAACCUGAGCUGAAAAGCAGCAGAAUGAAGAGAAUACUUCUGGUGUUAAACUGCGUAAUGUUAGGACUUGGAAACUGUGGGGGUCCUUUAGUUCAGCGCCUGUACUUUGUUAAAGGGGGCAAGAGAAUAUGGCUGUCAUGCUGGUUACAAACAGCUGGCUGGCCAGUUCUUGUAUUCCCAAUCCUGGCUUCCUACGCCUAUCGUCGAAACAAACAGAACGGUGAUCCUGUAAAACUCUGUUCCAUCAAGCCUAGAUUAUUUCUCAGUUGUGCCGUUAUUGGAGUGCUGACUGGUGUUGAUGAUUAUCUGGCUGCUUAUGGCGUUUCGCGCCUUCCUGUAACUACUUCUGCUCUUGUGAUUGCCACCCAAUUGGCUUUCACUGCUGCAUUUGCCUUCCUCCUUGUGAGGCAAAAAUUCACACACUUCACUAUCAAUGCGAUAUUUUUACUGUCUGUUGGUGCUGUGGUGCUAGCAUUCCAUUCGAGCAAUGAUCGCCCGGCUCAUGAAUCCAAUCUGCAGUAUUACAUAGGCUUUUUCAUGACUCUUGGGGCAUCAGCUCUUUACGGAUUUGUUUUGCCCCUCAUGGAGUUGACUUGCAGGAAAGCCAAGCAAGUUAUGACUUAUUCUUUGGUCAUGGAGAUGCAGUUGGUUAUAUCCCUCUUCGCAACGGGGUUCUGCACUAUUGGAAUGCUUAUCAACCAUGACUUUCAGGCACUAUCAAGAGAGGCAAGUGCAUAUGAACUUGGUGAAGGCUCAUACUAUACAACACUGAUAUUCAGUGCAAUCUUGUGGCAACUUUUCUUCUUGGGUGCCAUAGGAGUGACCUUUCUUUCCUCAGCAUUGUUGUCUGGUAUAGUAAUUGCUACAUUGCUCCCGGUGACAGAGUCCUUGGCGGUGGUGUUUUUCCAUGAAAGAUUCCGAUCCGAGAAAGGGAUUUCUCUGACUUUGUCUCUCUGGGGCUUCCUUUCUUACUUCUAUGGUGAAAUCCAAGGACUCAAAAAGACUAAAAGUAAAACCAAGAGGGGAAACCCAGACUCAAUUGCCUCCGUUUGA